CAAGUGUCACAUCGUUUACAGUAGUCUCAGUUUUUUUUUUUAUGUGCUAGAAUGAGCUCGCUUAUUACGAUGAAAUUAUCAAAAAUUCAUUGGACGCUUUUCAUCGUGUGUUGCCUACCGUUUAGCCACGCCCUAGAAUGCUAUGUGUGUACUAAUCAAGAGGGUAACAGAGAAAAGUGUUUAAGGAGUACAAAAAUUUGCGAACAAGGUCAAGAUACUUGUUUUACGGAAAUUAGAUGGGGAAGUACUCCAUACUGGUCACAAGGUGCGAGAAAGCAGUUUUACGUUUCAAAAAAAUGUGCCACGAAGAAAGAAUGCGAAAGAAUAAAGCAUUCUAAUAUGAAAGAUUGCACGUAUAUAUCGUAUCAAGACUGGAAAUGUUCCGACUGUUGUCAAGGAGAUAAAUGCAAUUAUUACGUUAUCUCUAUGGCAGACAAAGUACAUUCUUACUGGCUGAUUGUAACUGCUUCAUUGAUAACUUUGCAUAGCGUAAAUUCCUGGAUUAGAAUAAAUUGACGUAUAAUAAAAUCCGAAUAUUAUAUCGACAAAUAAUAUUACUCUGUUCCCUGCAACUAGUAAUAUUUCAAUCACGAUCCGUCGCAAAAGAAAUCAUCUUCAAUUACAAAUUGAACAAAUAGUUAUACACGAUAUGUAUUUUAACUUUAAUCGCGUAUAACUUUCGUAUUUUCAUACUUUCAUACUUUCUACGUAUUUAAGGUAGACGUCGAAACGACACGGAAAGUUCGUGCGAUAAAUGCCGUACUUGAUCUUAUCGUCUCGAAAAAAAUCUAGAAUAAUGCAAAACAGUGGAGAAGAGAUGAAUCUGAUCGCGCGUUUUGCUGCAACGCAAUGUAUACUGUAUC